AUGGCCACGCUCAACCUGACUUUCCUUUUCCUCAUGCUCUGCCCGUCCGCGUACGCGCUCACGCAUGCCCAACUACACGCCCCCGAGCUCGAGCGCGCCGAGCUGCAGAACAACAUCGAGAACUACGCCCGCGCUCGCGUACACCCGCCGCCGUCGCCGCUCACGCGCCGUGCGAGCAUCCCCGCUGUCGGGUUCUACAACCCGACAGGUAACGGCGGGAGCUGGCUUACGAAAGUAGACGACACGUACCCGGCGGGACAAGGCGAGCCCAUCAACGUAGUCAUCUCGGCCGACUCGGAGGCAAGUGUGCUCGUUGACCAGGAGAUUGACGGUGGGCUGCAGAACUACUUCAAUGCAUUUGGAUACUCGACAGAAUGUCUCGGGCAGCACCAGGGUUCGGAUCAAGCAGCCAAUUUGGGCGAUGGGAAUGGCUAUGUGAAUCAAACCGCAGAGAUUCGGUGGGAUUACGGCGAUGCGGAGAUUGGAACAUGUAAGGAAACCAUCGUUGGCGGGAGCCAUUUUCGUUACUGGACGCAGGACGGAAGCGCGGCGGAUAGCAAAGCCGUGUUCAUGGCUGCUUCGUAUGAGGAGCCAGAAACAGAUAACCACAAUAUCGUUUUUAACGGGUACCCCAGCGACUGGCUCGUCGGCAACGUAACAAACCAGACCCACCUGAUCUCCACGGGUAACGUGACCAACGGGACAACGUACAGCGGACAGACGUCGUUUGAUGGGUACACUUACGCGACGACCGCGCAGUACCUGCGGGGAUAUAUCCCGGACACCUCGUAUGCAGUCAACCACAACGGGAGCGUCGCGAGCGCCACCGUGAAUGCGACCGACGGGUUCAUCGCAGUGUUGACGGUCAAGGUCGUGGCGAGCCCGAAAGCAACGUCAGCCGCACUGAGAUCAUGGACGACGCCGGCGUGGUCCGUCUUCCCGCUCGUACUCGCCCUCUUCGUCAAUAUGCUCGCAACCUCAAUAUGGAUCGGACUAUAG